AUGGCUCAAAUCGCAAUAUCUUCAAUCUCAAGCUUCAAAAACUUACAUUCAAUUCUAAAGAAGUCUAAGAACUUGGCUCUUAAGAGCUAUUUUGAUGACCCAGAGUCCAAAAAGAACGAGAACGACGAUGGGAAAGACACUUAUUCUAGAACAUCACUAAUAUUCCCAAUAACAAGACAAUCGAAAAGGCAUGUUUCUUUUAAAGACCUUGAAAGUAAAAAUGAAAAAUUCCCUUGCAAUUACCUAACUCCUCCCUUUCAACUGGAAGAUAUCAGUAAAUUUUUCAAACUUUUGGUUAGAUUAACCUCCCUUAAUUGAGCAAAAUUUAAUUUUUAUUGGUGAAAAUAUUUUUAUUACAAUUUAAUGCUGCUAAAUUUGAAAAUUAACAUACAUGUUGCUCUAUUUUAAAGGGAGGGGUGUAAUUAGUAUCGUUUAUUGCAAAUUUUUGAACACUGUCGUGGUUUGAUCAAAAGGGGGUACAUAGAUUGAAGGUACCAAUUUGAAAAGAGACCUUUGUAAUUAAAAAUUAAAAAUUAUCUAAGCUAUUAGCGAUUAAAUGCUCUUGCUGGUUCAGAUGGUUCGCUGUGAAGUGCAAAUUGUUCGGAUCUGCAAUGUGGACAUAAUGCCUUUGAGCUCCUGCAGCAGUUUUGAUGAGUUGGUUCGAAACAGCAAACUGUAUACAUCAUAUUUGGCCUUCUUGUGAGACAAAUCAUGCAUGGAUGCAGGCUUUCAUCUUCCACUAUGCUCAUUGAACUGGAAUCAAGUGAAAGCCUUUCCAUAAGCUGCUCAAUAUUGGCUUGGACAUAUCUUCUCACAGCUCCACUUCUUCUUAUUUUUGGGAGAUGAGCUGUUGCAGCUGUAGUCACAUGAGCAUUGAGCAUCCUUAUUUGCGCUAAUUGGGCUUGAGAUGAAUCUUUUUCAAUUCUGCUUUCAUUAUGAUCUCGCUGAAAUAAAGGGUUAUCAGGUUCAUAGUAGUACGCAAUUGUCUUUAAGUAAUCUUUUCCUAAGCACCUAAAGUAAUAGAUAGUUCAUAUUUUAAUUAAUGGAAAAAAAUUUCAUGUGAUAAAAUUUUUGGGUACGGCAAAAUGGCUGAAAUGUAAAUUCUGAUAAUUCUGAUGUAAUAACAAAAAAUGGCAAAUGCAGAUCAUCCAAUAUACUCUAACCAAACAAACUUAAUUUUACCACUGCAGGCAGGAGAAAUCUUAAUACGUAACACUCAAAUUGGCAAUUCUGACACUAGUAAAUAAAAUGAACUUUAUUGUGGUAGAAGUUAAAUAUUGAGAUUUAUUUUAAAUUUUAAUAACGAACUUAUAACUUUAAAGUGACAUAGCAUCUGCACGAUGCAGAUAUGCUAUUAAAAAUUUCCAUUAGUUAAAUAAAAAUGCAUUUGAUUUACUUCAAAUUUCACUAUAUUUCAAUGCAAAACUCCUCACCGGAGCUCACUCCAUAAGGGGUAACAUUUUUGUAAAACGCCAUUUUUUUUAAUAUUUUUUAUAAUAAAGUUAUAACUCAAAGUGGCAUAGCAUCUACACUAUGCAGAUACGCUAUUAAAAAUUCCAUUAGUUAAAUAAAAAUGCAUUUGAUUUGCUUCAAAUUCCACUAUAUUUCAAUGCCAAACUCUUCACCGGAACUCGCUCCAUGAGGGGUGACAUUUUUCUAGUACGCCAUUUUUUUUUAAUAUUUUUAUAAUGAAGUUGAAACUCAAAGUGACAUAGCAUCUACACUAUGCAGAUACGCUAUUAAAAAUUUCCAUUAGUUGAAUGAAAAUUCAUUCAAUUUGCUUUAUUUUGCCCUAUAUUUCAUUGCAAAACUCCUCACCGGAGCUCGCUCCAUGAGGGGUGACAUUUCUAAUACACCAUUGUUUUUUAAUAUUUUUAUAAUGAAGUUGAAACUCAAAGUGACAUAGCAUGUGCAUGAUGCAGAUGCACAAUAAAAAUUUCCAUUAGUUGAAUGAAAAUUCAUUCGAUUUUCUUUAAUUUGCCCUAUAUUUCAUUGCAAAACUCUCCUCACCGGAACUCGCUCCAUGAGGGGUAACAUUUUUCUAAUACGCCAUUUUUUUUUAUUUUUAAAAUAAAGAAGUUAAGAAUAAAGUACAAUAGCAAGCACAAGAUGCAGAUGCACUAUAAAAAUUUCCAUUAGUUGAAUGAAAAUUCAUUCAAUUUCCUUUAAUUUGCCCUAUAUUUGAUUACAAAACUCCUCACCGGAACUCGCUCCAUGAGGGGUGACAUUUCUAAUACGCCAUUUUUUUUAAUUUUUAAAUAAAGAUGCUAAGAAUAAAGUGCCUGAGCAUGUACAUGACGCAGAUGCACUAUAAAAAUUUCCAUUAGUUGAAUGAAAAUUCAUUCAAUUUCCUUUAAUUUUGCCCUAUAUUUCAUUGAAAAACUCCUCACCGGAACUCGCUCCAUGAGGGGUAACAUUUUUCUAAUACGCCAUUUUUUUUUAAUUUUUAAAUAAGAUGUUAAGAAUAAAGUGAUAAAUAAAAUGGCAUUCGGUUCGAGAGAAAUUAGCUUUGCUAAUUUUCUCUCCCUCAUGGAAUUUUAUUUAUAGGGUUAGGUUUUCACUCGAGAACUUCUGGACAGCAAUAGCGGUUUAACUCUGGGGAUAACCAGAGGAACUGCUCCUCAGUCCUCUCAAGAUUUUUCGGGCUUUUACCUCUCAGCACAUCCCCACGGGAGGAUGACCCUUAGGCGGAACACGCGCAGGAGCUGAGUCGAGCGACAAGGGCGACGGCAUCGCGCCGGGUGAGACGUGCAGCAAGCUGGUGAAGCAGGAGUUGAUAGAAGGCUUGGCCAGGUCUGACCUGUUCCAAGAUGGCUCGCCUACGUCACUAGUUUUGCCAUAGGUCCUUUUUGGGCUGCGGCACUAGACACCUUAAACACCAGAUAAUUAAGUUAAGUUAAGUUAAGAAUAAAGUGCCUGAGCAUGUACAUGACGCAGAUGCACUAUAAAAAUUUCCAUUACUUGAAUGAAAAUUCAUUCAAUUUCCUUUGAUUUGCCCUAUAUUUCAUUGAAAAACUCCUCACCGGAGCAUGCUCCAUGAGGGGGUAACAUUUUUAAAUCAGCCAUUUUUUUUUUAAUUUUAAAAUAAAGAUGUUAAAAAUAAAGUGACAUAGCAUGUGCAGUAACAGAUUCGCUAUAAAAAAUUUUCAUUAGUUGAAUGAAAAUUUAUACGAUUUCCUUUAAUUUGCCCUAUAUUUCAUUGCAAAACUCCUCACCGGAACUCGCUCCAUGAGGGGAGACAUUUUUCUAAUGCGCCAUCCUUUUUACUGUUUUUAUAAUGAAGUUGAAAAUCAAAGUGGCAUAGCAUGUACACGAUGCAGAUGCACAAUAAAAAUUUCCAUUAGUUGAAUGAAAAUUCAUUCAAUUUGCUUUAUUUUGCCCUAUAUUUCAAUACAAAACUCUUCACCGGAACUCGCUCCAUGAGGGGUGACAUUUUUCAAAUCAGCCAUUUUUUUUUUAAUUUUAAAAAGAUGUUAACAAUAAAGUGCCUGAGCAGGUACAUGAUGCAGAUGUACUAUUAAAAUUUCCAUUAGUUGAAUGAAAAUUCAUUCAAUUUCCUUUAAUUUGCCCUAUAUUUGAUUGCAAAACUCCUCACCGGAGCUCGCUCCAUGAGGGGUGAUAUUUCUAAUACACCAUUGUUUUUUAAUAUUUUUAUAAUGAAGUUGAAACUCAAAGUGACAUAGCAUGUGCAUGAUGCAGAUGCACAAUAAAAAUUCCAUUAGUUGAAUCAAAAUUCAUUCAAUUUGCUUUAAAUUUCCCUAUAUCUCACUGCAAAACUCCUCACCGGAACUCGCUCCAUGAGGGGUAACAUUUUUUAAUAAGCCAUUUUUUUUUUAAUUUUAAAAUAAAGAAGUUAAAACCAAAAUUGACAAAGUAUGUACGCGAUGCAGAUGCACUAUAAAAAAUUCCAUUAGUUGAAUGAAAAUUCAUACAAUUUUCUUUAUUUUGCACUAUAUUUGAUUGCAAAACUCAUCACCGGAACUCGCUCCAUGAGGGGUGACAUUUUUGUAAUAAGCCAUUUUUUUAAAUAUGUAAAUAUAUAAAUAUUAACUAGAAAUCAGAUGCGCUAGAAAAUCUAAUUAAUAUUUUUAUAAAUAUAUAAAAAUAAAUGAUUAUAUUGAUGAUUCCAAUAAUGAGUGUUGAUUUAUUUAAAAAUUAAAAAAAAAUGGCUUAUUAUAAAAAUGUUACCCUCAUGGAGCGAGUUCCGGUAAGCAGUUUUGCAUUAAAAUAUAGGGAUAAUUCAAGUAAAUCUAAUGAAUUUUGAUUCAACUAAUGGAAAUUUUAAUAGUGCAUCUGCAUCGUGUACAUGCUAUAUCACUUUAUUCUUAACUUCAUUAUAAAAACAUUAAAAAAAAAUGGCUUAUUAUAAAAAUGUCACCCCUCAUGGAGCGAGUUCCGGUGAAGAGUUUGGCAUUGAAAUAUAGGGGAAAUUAAAGCAAAUCUAAUGAAUUUUGAUUCAACUAAUGGAAAUUUUAAUAGCACAUCUGCAUCGUGCAGAUGCUAUGCUACUUUGAAUUUCAACUCCACUAUCUAAAAUUAAAAAAAAAUGGGGUUUUAAAAAAAUGUCAACCCUCAUGGAGCGAGUUCCGGUGAGGGGUUUUGUAACGAAAUAUAAGUGAAAUAAAAGCAAAUGGAAUGAAUUUUGAUUUAACUAAUGGAAAUUUUAAUAGUGCAUAUGUAUUGUGUAUAUGCUAUGUCACUUUAUUAUUAACUUCUUUAUUAAAUAUUAAAUUAAAUCGCAAAAUCUAACUUCUAUCACAACAAAGUUUAUUUUAUUACCUAGUAUAUUGGAUAAUCUGCAUUUGCCAUUUUUGUUAUUACAUCAGAAUUAUCAGAAUUUACAUUUCAGUCAUUUUGCCGUACCAAAAAUUUUAUCACAUGAAAUAUUUUUCCAUUAAUUAAAAUAUGAACUACCAAGAAGUAAACAUCAUAUAGAUUCCUUUGCCUCAGGCCGUCGGAAAUCAUGAUAAAGCAAACCUAUAUGCGCUUUUACAGCAUAUCAGGUAUUAUUUGCCUGAUUAUUCAAUCACAUCCAUUAGCUUUCUUGCAUAAGCAUACAUGUCCACAAUACCUCUACUAACAAGAUCCCAAGUCCAGCUUCCUCCAGCAAGAUGCAAAGGCAAAAAGAACCAAUUUGUGAGAAUAGCACUUGCGAAUAAUCCAAAAAUAUUAUUUACUCAGUAUCUAUUACUUUAGGUGCUUAGGAAAAGAUUAUUUAAAGACAAUUUACGUACUACUAUGAACCUGAUAACCCUUUAUUUCAGCGAGAUCAUAAUGAAAGCAGAAUUAAAAAAAGAUUCAUCUCAAGCCCAAUUAGCACAAAUAAGGAUGCUCAAUGCUCAUGUGACUACAGCUGCAACGGCUCAUCUCCCAAAAAUAAGAAGAAGUGGAACUGUGAGAAGAUAGAUAAUUUUAUUUUUAAUUACAAAGGUCUCUUUUCAAAUUGGUACCUUCAAUCUAUGUUCCCACUUUUGAUCAAGCCACGACAGUGUUCAAAAAUUUGCAAUAAAUGAUAUAAUAUUUAAACAAAGUUAUUGUUGAGCAUCUAUAUGGAGAGUUCAAGCUUUCAUUUCCACCUAUCAAGUGAAUCUCUCUAUUUAAGAAAUGAGAUUUUUUCAACUUGAAAGCUCGAGCGAUCCAUACGAAUUUUCAAGCUAUAGCGCUCUGAAUCAAUAAAUUUUAUUAAAUUGCUAUUUUUCGGUCUCAAUUUAAAGGGAGGAGUAAAAGAUUCUCAUAAGGAAUGCUAUAGGACUGACAUAGAUUUUUUGUUUAAAAAGAUGAAUUCAGAAAUGUCAUUAAUGUUUGACCGCCAACGAGAAAUACUAUCAGUCAUAAUUGAUGACAGCGACAUUAAUAGGCUUCACAAUGUGAAUGAUUUUCAUGAAUUGCUUGAUUCUUAUGCGGUAAAAAAGCCGUUAGAAACAAAAAAAAAUAUCAAAACAGACUUUUCAAACUUUAGAGCACGGAAUGACUCUUAA